AUGUAUUGCCAAAAGUGUCGCACUCCACUCAAACUUGAUGGGUCCCUCGAGGCCCUCAAUCCUGCCGCCUUCGACUUACUUGUUGGCUCUACAGGAAAGUCUCUUCCAGAACAUCCUGACCAUACUGUAUCUCACAGACCAGCGUACCCUCCCGAACGCCGUGAGUUGUACGACCGUGCCUCCAGACAUGCCAACGCUCCUAUAUACCGACGCUCAAUCCCCGCACCGCGCGAUGGAGGCGCCCACCCAACACCAAAGCUUAAUCGCGGAGAGAGCAGUGGCGGAAUGUCCUUUGUGAUGCUUACCGAGUCUCAACUUGCGCCGCCGCAACUAUCUACUGGGAUGAAUGGGGAUGGGCUCUUGUCACACACGCAAGGCAACGGAGCCGCAAAGACAAGCACCAGUCACGAGGCAAAGCAUCAAUCAUUGUCAGAUGAGGUUGAAAAAGCUGCGAGACUGUUUGACAUCAUAUCUGCUCGUUCCGAUAUCGACCAUCCCAUCUGUACGGAAUGUACGGAUUUACUUGUCGAGGGACUACACAAGAGGCUAGCGAGUACUACGAAAGAACGGGAUGCCUACAUUUCAUUUUUGAAAACCAUAAACGCAUCGAUACCCACGGAGGCCGAGGUGGAAGCGGCUGAGAAGAACUUAAAGUCCACACUGCAAGAAGAGGAAGCCGCUUAUCAGGAACUACUCGUUUUGGAAAAAGAAAAGGCGGACCUUGAUCGCGAAAUAGCUCAUUUAGAGGACGAGUCACGGCAGUUAGAUCUUGACGAAGAGGAAUUUUGGAGGGAGCGCAACACAUUUGCGCUAUCUCUGGCUGAGUUUCAGGAUGAGCGAGAUGCUCUGAAUAUGCGAUAUGAUCAUGACUCGAGGCAGCUUGAGAGACUUCAGAGAACGAACGUGUAUAACGAUGCGUUUUGUAUCGGCCAUGACGGAUUCUUUGGUACUAUUAAUGGACUACGUUUGGGUCGUUUGGCAAAUCCAUCUGUUGACUGGGCAGAAAUCAACGCGGCUUGGGGUCAGACUUGUCUCUUGCUAGCGACAAUAGCGGAAAAGCUAGGUUUUCAGUUCCAUGGUUACCGUUUGAAACCAAUGGGCUCCACUUCAAGGAUCGAGAAAUUUGAAGAUUCGUCGCAGAAUUCGAGCCAAUCAUCCAGUCAAGGAGCCCCAGCCGCAGACAGUUCGUCCGGUACGACGAAGUCUACUAGCCUAGAUUUAUUCUCGUCCGGCGAUAUGCCGCUCAACCUCCCCUGGGUUCACCGACGUUUCGAUGCUGGAAUGGUCGCCUUUUUGGAAUGUCUGCGACAAUUGGGUGUAUAUGUCGAAAAUACUCCUGUGCCUAUGGCUAAUCGACGAGGACAGCAGGGUAUAAAUACAACAGGCCUAAAACUUCCGUAUGAGAUCAAACGUGACAAGAUUGGCGAUGCAAGUAUCAAGCUGGGGUUUAAUCAGAACGAUGAGACUUGGACACGAGCUUGCAAGUACACUCUUACGUGUUGUAAGUUUCUCUUGGCUCAUGCCAGCAACGUCGCGAGUAUAGCUGCAAGUAAUUCGCCUGCAUUGGGGGGAGCGACUAGCCCAACUCCGAGUCAAAGAGAUGCGAGAGCUCAGAUUUCGAAGUGA